GCCAGAGGCACCUCGCGGCCGGGGCAGGACMGGGUCUGGGGUAUCUAGGUGUGGGCUGCGCCUAGUCUGUAAUUUGUUGUGUUCAGUGAGGGGAGGCCACCCAUCGUCUGUCCCUAGCSGUAUAAUAAGCUGGCCCGCGUCCCGGCACUGGCUGGAACCUCUCGGGGGAAAUCCGGGUGGGUUUGGCCGGGUGGUGCCGGUCCGAUUUCUCGGCAGCCGGGUCGGGCUGGUGAGAAGGUGCAAACCGCGGAGCUGGAGCUGGCGCCCUGCGCCCCACCCAGGCUGCGGCCGCACGGGGAGGAAGCGCACUUAGGUUUAGCACAAAGUUUCCUUUUCUGCUUUCUCGUCAGAGCAGCUUAAAAGGACUGGGGUCUGAGAAUGCCUCGCUUUAGUUUGAAGCGGGCUCAAAGCCAAACGGAUUAAAAUAGGCGAUUUCCCGCUUCCCCAAAACGCACGCCCUGCUGGCCAUGGGCAGCCGAGAUCACCUGUUCAAAGUGCUGGUGGUGGGGGACGCCGCAGUGGGCAAGACGUCGCUGGUCCAGCGAUAUUCCCAGGACAGCUUCAGCAAACACUACAAAUCCACCGUGGGAGUGGAUUUUGCUCUGAAGGUUCUCCAGUGGUCUGACACCGAGAUGGUACGGCUCCAGCUGUGGGAUAUUGCAGGGCAGGAGCGUUUCACAUCCAUGACACGACUAUACUAUCGAGAUGCCUCCGCCUGUGUUGUUAUGUUUGAUGUUACCAACGCCACUACCUUCAGCAACAGCCAGAGGUGGAAACAGGACCUGGACAGCAAGAUCACACUGCCCAAUGGGGAACCUCUGCCCUGUCUGCUCUUGGCCAACAAGUGUGAUCUGUCCCCUUGGGCAGUAAGCCGGGACCAGAUUGACCGGUUCAGUAAAGAGAAUGGUUUCACAGGUUGGACAGAAACAUCAGUCAAGGAGAACAAAAAUAUUAAUGAAGCCAUGAGAGUCCUCAUUGAAAAGAUGAUGAGCAAUUCCAAAGAAGACAGUAUGUCUUUGUCCACCCAAGGGAACUACAUCAAUCUACAAACCAAGUCCUCUUCCAGCUGGACCUGCUGCUAGUACAAUUUGACUUGUUUCUAUCCCAGUUCUAGAAGGCCUUUCCAUUUACUCCCAUUGGGCCCACCCAGCAAUUUCAUUAAGAAUAUUUGAACUAUUUCCUGCCAGCUAUCCAGUAAGAAGGGCCAUUGUGGCUUAAAAAGACCCCUGGGACCCAUGUGUAUUUCGGCAUCUCCUGGAUAUUGGCUCUGACUUGCUGCCAGCUCAUGUGGCCCAGUCAGUGACUUCUGUGAAUGAAUAAUCACUUCAUCCCUCAAUUUGUGAUCUGGAACUUUGUGGGAAGAAUUAGAAAUCAGCAUCUGUGUUUUCAAAGUCUUAAUUCUCUGCCAGGUGUGGUGGUGCACACCUGAAACUCCAGAGACUCAGGAGGCUGAGGCAGGACGAUCACAAGUUUGA